GGAAAAAAAGCCGGCGUGGUCGUUCUCACAGGUUCCUCUCUUGUACAACAUGGCAUAAAACAGAAUAUAGGUUAUAUUUAUAUGUAAGAAAAGGUUUGACCGAUAACGCUUUCUGUUUUUAUGAUAAUACUACAAUGCUGAUGUACAAUCGAGAAGAAAAAGAGAAAUAAUAUAAAUCUAAUUAUUAAGUUUAAUUGUGACGUACGCUUUUAAAUACAAUAAUGUCGAAACAGAUAAGAGUGCUAGAGUUGAACAAUUGCAUUUCAUCUCGGUUAUGGUACACGUCUCUAAAUAUUUUCAACACAAGCAAUGAUAGCAAGUUCUUGAAAGAAUUUCAUUACAAUUGCUGUGUCGAUUUAACAGAAUUGAAAACUGUAAUCGAAAGUUUAAGAUAUUCUCCAAAUGAGGAACAAUAUCAAUGGAUCGCCUAUGUAUUGCUAUGGAAACUUAUAAACAGCAAGUCGUCUAGCGUCGAUUGUGAUAUACAGUGCAAUAUUCAAGCACAGUUCGACUGCAUACAAAUGAAAAGUGCAAUAGAGCUGUGUGGCAAUAUACCAGACUGUUUAUACAAGGAAUUGUUAGAAUUUUUUCAGGGAACUAGCACGGAAUCUAGUGCAAAAUAUACUUCAAGUAUUAUAUUUCAGCGGAUCCUUACACUUCUAAAGGAUAACAUAUUUAUUGAUACAGAAAUCGUAUGCUGGAUUAUAAACAAAUUAUCUGUGGUUUUAAAUGAACACGAUAUUAUUAGUUAUCUACAGAAUAUUUAUUUUUCUACUCUGAAGUUGUGUCUAGACCGCAUUCCAGCUGGGAGAAGCUGGUACUCAAACUACGCAACAAAUAAUUCGCCUUCUGAAAUUGAUUCAGCUAUUUGUGACAAUUUUUUACGAACGGCUCUACAACUUUUGUCAAAAAUAAAUAUAGAUGCGAAUGCGGAAAUUGAAUUUCUAAAGACAGUUUGUCCUACUCUUUCGAAAUCGCAUUAUAUUAAGGAUAUUGAACUUGCAUUAUACUCGAGGAAAAAUGAGAAACUGUUAUAUGAAUGGGUUUCGCUUUGGGAUAAGACACACGCGUGUUUUGAAAGCGCCACUAGUUUACUCAUGGCAUAUAAAAUAAGUGAAGGUAUAUUUAAAUUAACAGAAGACUCUGAAAUUUUUCUAUGUAAAUGGGAGUUACUUAAAAGAACAAGUGUGAGAAAGUCACAUUGGUUGAAUGAUAUUUUGGACAUAUGUUACAUUUUAACAACAAAAGGAAAAUACAGCGAAGUCGAAUUACUAUUAUCAUGCGACUUAUUAAAGAGAUUAUAUCCAGUGUUAUUAUUUAAAGCACUAAGCGAAUGUCCGCAAGAAAUAUUUAACACCAGUGAAAGCUACAACAAUGGUAUUGCUAUCUGCGAAUCUAUCGAUUUCCUCUUGGAGAAAUGUUAUCUUGAUCUAUGCAACGAUUAUGACUUAAAUGGAUUAUACACGCUCUUAAAAAACCACAUUAGAAUUGUAGUAUAUAUUUUACAGUGGAAGAAGAGACACUUAACAAAUGUGAAAUUAGAUACCAAAGAAUCUAAAAAUUUGCAGUUUGAUGCAAUCGAACAGAUAGCAUCUGUGAAACAAAUUUUGUCCCUUUUGCAAAAACACAAUGUACUUUUUGUCUUGAAAUUCACGACAAAUAUUCACGAUCAAGAUCACGGCGACAUUCAAGAUCUACUGGAAGAGACCACUCCGACUCAAUCCGCAAGUUUUCAAGCGUAUUGCUGCACAAUAAGCGCCUUGAAAGCUAUUUUUUUAUGUGAAUCUUAUAAUACGGAAUACAGACAGAUUACUAAAUAUUUUACUAGAAUGGUAUCACACUUGUCAUCUUUGUUCCCACUAUCAUUAAGGAUAGAGACGAUAGAGAGCAUUUUUUCCUUAUUAUUUUUACGUUAUGAUGAUCUCAACGUUACGAAUCCCAAUUCUAAAGAUAACGACUGCAAUACUCAUAGUUCAAUGGAAUAUGAGAGAUCGGGCUUCAUAGCUAAUAAUUACGCUGUGAGAGAUAUGCUGUAUUAUUUAUGGAAGAGUACUUCGAUUACAAAAGAGGAGAUUGAUGAAUUAUAUGAAGUGCCUGAAUGCGAAGAGACGCAACGACUUCGCGAAAACGUGUCCACUCUUACGUUGGCAUUAACGGACACUCGUUGGAGACUGAAAUUUUAUUUGGGACCUCAUUUCGUUGAAGAUGUUGGUGCUCCGUCGGACGAGUUUGACAAUUCCUCCGUUAUAAAUAAAUUGGAAUUUUCAGUCUUUCAAAAACCAAGCAUCAACCGAGCAAUUUUGCAUCGCAAGGGAGACACGUUUUUUUAUAAGGGAGACAACACCUCGGACGAGACUAAAGUUAAAUCUGACAGCAGCUCGGAGUCCAGUUUGUUGGGCGGUAGUAAACGCAGAAAACACUCCAGGCACACCGCGGCAGCAUCAGAUUAUAAUUCAACGAGAAACAGACUGUCUUUGAUCAGUUUAAUGUUGGCUUCGAGGGAAAGUCUGAUCUUGCACUGUUUGUGGAAGGGCGAUUUUCAGAAAGCACGAGAAGUAAUUGAGAUGUUCCACAUGGAAAACACACAAUUAGAUGGCGAGAUUCGAUUUUCGGAGGCGCUCUACAAAUUUAAACGGAAUAUAUGUAAGCAUGUUCAUAUCUUAGAUGCAGCAAAUUCCUCUAAAGAAGGCUCAACAACUUCCACACUAGAGACCAUAAAAUUUGCUGCGCAAGAAGGCGUACAGUCCUCUAAAUACAUCAAUCAACUCGAAACAUUUCUGGCGUCUCAACAAACACAUUUACGAAUGUUGGACACGAAAUUUUUACAUAGCAACGAGAUAUUAACUUUUAGUGUGUUGGAUUUAAGUUUGACUAUAAGCCAAACAUAUCAAAUCUCAAGUAACUUGUGCGACGUAGCGAUGAAGUAUCUUAAACUCUGCGAAACAUUUGACAGCACAGCACACGCAAAUUUUUUUUUAAGGAUUUAUCAAUUGUUUUAUGAGAAUAGAAAUGAUUCUUCUGUGGCUGCUAUACUAUGUGACGCCAGAAUUCCGUUGCAUGUAAAAGAAUGGAAAGAGAACGAUGCCGUUUGGCAUGAUUUCGAGGAUAAUUAUGACACAUUACACAACUUUGAAAGAACAGGGAUUACAGAUGCGCAAUCUUGCAACAAUAAUUAUGUUACAGGAUUAAAAACAAUAGAAAGAAUAUCUAAUAUUUUUAAUAGCGAAAAAUAUCUUCGCAGCAUCUACUCUUAUUUGCGGCUUAUAUCCACUAUUAUUCCAGACGAUACUAACGUACAGACAGUGUCCGAUUUAUUGAAGACGUCGCUACAUCAUUAUUUUGGAUAUCAGAUGUUCGAUUUGAAUACAGAGCCAGAUAAGCUCGAAGAAGUUGCUUCUAGUUUGCAAGUGAAUUUAAUAUACAGCAUUCUUGUAAACGCGUGUCCAAGUAUUUCCUGUUAUAAUAUACGAAACUGCAGUAGCAUCAAGGACUCUGAAUGCAUUAUACUGAAUCAAAAUCAAGAUGAAUCGAAUAUAAAAAAUGUCAUGAUUAAAGGACCAAAUCAAUGUGUCUCGGAAAUAUUGACAGAGCUGCUACAGGUUCUGCGGAAUGUCGGUUCGGGACGGUUUCAUCUGGAUAACUUAUAUUUGAGAAGCAUUUCCGAUCAUGCAGAUGUACGAAUGAUUUUAAGUAAGACGUCAAACCUUGCUAAUCUUGAUCUCGGCGAAUUAUCCGUGGGAGAUGAAACGCUGACGUUUUUUCUAAAUGUUUGGAACAUUAUGUUUCUUCACACAAAUCUGGAUGUGUGGUCCAAGAAUCCACCGCUCGAAAGUUUAAGGCAUGCGAUUUCCUUGACAUCGAUUGGCUACAUGAUCGGUGAUCUGGGCCUGGUGAGCCUCUCCGCACUUCGAUCGAAGUUAUUGGGCAGUCUCGCAAACGAUCUUAAACUGUUCACGCGAGUGGAAGAACUCAACGAAUUAGCGUGGCAGGAUUUGGAUCUCAUGCAGAAUCCGAAAAUUAUCUUUGCUAUGGCCAACGAGUUUUAUGGCACGCCUGAAAUUCGUGUGUACGAGGCGCAGACGUUAAAUGAUGCAUUGGACGAUGCGGCUCGCGAUUACAUCGCAUACUACUCAGCAAUAUCGCCUGACAACAAGCUCGUAGGACUAAGACAAAAGAUCGACCUACCUGAUCUCGUGAAAAGGUAUCAAGACACAUUUUCACGAAAUAUUGAUGUUGGCGUGACAAACACCAACAGAAGUUUGCCUCCAAUAGUCGGUUUUGAAGAAUUCAACGAAAAUGUAGAUGUGGAAUACACGACGCCCAGUUAUACGUACGAAGUGAUACUAAAGUAUUCCAAACAUAGUGUAUCUAGCGUUGCAACCGCGAAUGUCGCGCAGACAUCCGUCUGGCAGACUCAGACGCUGAGAUCCAGUUUACUGCAAUAUCUGGAGAGACACUGUUGGUUCCUCUCUUAUCUCGUACAAAGGAUGCACAACGAGAAUCCAACCAUCUUGGAAAACAAUUUUGAUAAUCUGGAACGUAUUGCGUGUCUCGAGAACUUGUUAAACUCCCCGUGGGUCGACAAGCUGAAGGUUCUGUAUAACAAUAAUCGAACCCUCGCCGCUGUUCAUGACAGCAUGCCCUUGCACGAAUUGUGGCACUAUUUCGAGCUCAAGAUAGAUCACAGUUGGCAUAUUUCCUUGGAAAUACUAAAUGCGUUGGAUGACAGCGUCGUGAAAUGCAACACGGAGCUGCAGCGCUUCAAGGAUUUAAUUCUGAGCCAUACUCUCUCCAAUCUGGGUGUUCUAUCUAUCACGCGAAUGUUGCAGUAUUUGUACCAGAUUAAUGAUAUACAUGUACUGGCACAAACGAUAUUGCACAACAUCAGCAAGUGGCCUAUGAUCCUAUGUGAACACGCGUUAAGUCACGCGUUGCAGCACGAUCAUAGUCACAAAUUGCCAACGCAUUGCAGACAUCGGAUGAAUGGCGUCCUGUGUAGAAUAAUGAUCUUUCACAAGAUGAUCCCCUACUGCAUGAGUAGGUCUAACAGCACGUGGUACGACAUAGUAUACUGCACGGAGAAGAUCAAUCCGUUUGAGAUUAUGAAAUCCUUAAUCGAUGCAGAACAGUACAAAUUGUGUCUGGAGUGGCUAGAAUGUCAAGCGUUUUCCCUAGAAAUGCAAACUCCUGUGAUCCAGGAUAUUCUGACAGGUCUUUUAAAGAAUGAGCAACAAGGUUUCAAGCAAGCUUUAAAGUUUCUUCAAGCAUUACCAUUGAGCCAAUCGCUAAAGAUAUGUAAAGGAGUUCUUAAGCAAUUAGAAUCUACCAGCGCUUUGCAGUUUAUCGCCGACUAUUUAUUGGAACACUGCAAAACGGCGGAGCGUCCGAAGUAUCGGAAAACCUUGGUGGGAUUGGAAAUUCUGAAGAUAUUGGAAAACAAAGACAGAGCAUUAUACGUUCAUUUGAUAAAAGAACCAUUAUUGAUGUUGGAGCAAUUAUUAAUGAAUUGUAAAUUUGAAAAUAUCCAAAUGAUUUUAAACGCACUGCAAGAGAAUUUGGAACAUCCUGAUAUAGGUUUUAAUAAUUUUGACAAAGUUAUAAGGUUUUAUGCCAAAAAAUCACUAGACUUUCGCGUGUCGCUCCAACGUGAUGGUAUUGAAAAUAAAGCCAAAAACAUAUCUCAAUCUAAUCUUGAAGUGGAAAAUAACGAAUUUGUUAUGCCUGUUAAUGUGCCCACGAAAGAGGAAUGGAUCCCAAAUGAUAGGGCAAAAGAAUGUGGUUGCUGCAAGACUGUGAUAUUUUCGAUGUUUAACAGACGACAUCACUGUCGACGAUGUGGUCGCGUUGUUUGCGCCGUGUGUUCUCAGCAUCGCAUGCAAGUUGCUGGUUAUCCCAGUUCCGUAUUAGUACGCGUGUGCGAUGAUUGCAAACGUCAAACAGUAUUGCAGAUACGCGCGGCGCAAAAUAUUCCAUCGACGUCCAGCAGUGAGCUAUUUGAUUAUUGGCGAUUAACAAAAGAUGAGAGGCACAAUCAUACUAUAAGAGAAGAGUUCUCAUUCGAACAUGCACCGAAUAUUUCUCUGUGUCUUGCUAUUCUUAAUUUGCAUUUUGAUCCUAAAAUAUACACUAGUUUCCUACUGGAUCGUUGUGAUGAGAUGAAGCAAUUGCUUCAGCCCGUUAAUGGCAGGAUAAAUCCCGAAGUUGACUACGCAGUGAUUAUCAAGAUGAUACGUUCUCUGCUAGUUGCUGCCAAAAUGAAAUGCGCGAAAUUCGGUUUUAACACUGGUCUCGCUCACUGCGACCGAUUCCUAUCGCAGGUGGAUCUACUUGCGACUCUGGUCCAUUCCGACUGCGUAGCACUUAUACCAACAGAUGACUUGGACGAACACACGCUGAGGAAAUUGCGUGAUCUUCUCACUGAGAAGGAACGUUGGACAUUAGCGUUAGACGUUAGCACGAAGGCGGGACUCGACACACAGGGCGUGUGGGCCGCGUGGGGAAAGGCCUGUCUGAAGGUGGGAUACUUGGAUCAAGCGAAGGAGAAGUUUCAUCACUGCCUCGACAAGAUUGUGCACGAGGAUAUCGACGAUUGGGUCGUACUGUCCUGCCCUAAGGAAAGUCCGGUCGAAAACUCUAGAGAAGAGUCAAUGGAAACGAUGGAGAAAAAGGCAUGCAAAGGCAGUUAUUUGAAAAGAAGCGAGUACUCCAAGUGUCGACCGCUGAAGGAUCCACCACUGUUGACGGAGAUCCUGCAGAUAUUAGAUAUCCUGAGUAUACAUCGGUCCCGCACGCAGCAUCCAAACCCACAACCUAAGUCCGAUGCAGCACAGGAAAUUCUGCAAACGCUCAACAGCUUGAAAGCCGUGAGCCAGAAUCAGUUCAAUGUUAAAUAUUUAAUGCCCGCCAAUCAGACGAUUUACUAUCAGGAGAGUCUGUAUUAUCUGCUAGCGUACGGAAGUUAUACCUCUCUUUUACAAUUCUUCCUGAGGUACAAAGAGUUCGACAAGUGUGUGGCAUACAUUUUGGACAACGACAUAGAGCGCGAUUUAUUUCUUAACGGAGUCUAUUUAUACUGUUUGAGGAACGGGUACGUCGAGAAACUUCAUGACGCGAUGAAGGCAAGAGAUCCCACCUUAGUUGUUUGGAGGAAAUACCUAAUAUCGGUGUGCCUCUUCAUGGAAAGGAAGCAAUAUUGGCAUAUUUUGUAUCAGAUACAGCUUUUUAUGCGGGAUUGCGUGAGAGCAUCGAUGACGUGUAUUCGUUUCUACACUGAUGAGGCGAACACCUAUUCAGACUUACACAACAGGGCGCAUUUAUUGCAAGAUGCUCAAAAGCACUUAGAGUCAGAACUACAACUGGAGAGCUUCACUAAGAGAAGAAAGAACUCUGUUCUGGGUGAUCACAGCGGUCAAAAUACUGUAGCGAUGGAAAUGGAACCCUCGGAAAUAGACAGACAUAUAAACACUAUAUGUAGACAGACGGAAAUUGUUAAAUUCCUGGCAAACAGCGAAAAGGAAGGGAGAGCCUCAGCUGAAUUUUUAAAUCUCUUUCCGGAUAUUGACAGCGAUAAUUCUCAGACACUUCAGUUGCCCACCUUAUUCGGUAAUCAACAGCAGAAAAUACACUUGGCCGUUUUAGCUAUAUUAUGCGGUCGUGAUAUUGGAGAAGGAUUUGGCAUAGCUUUCAGAAUAAUGCAAGAUUAUAAUCUUCCACAACAAAAGGUGUAUUCUUUAGCUGGCCAUGUAUUGGCUUUAAGAAAUGACGUAGCUGCAAUCGAACAAUUGAUCAAGUGUUGCCGCAGCUCUGGAACGCCCAGUGCCCACGUUAUUUCUGAUCAUGUUUUGGCGCAUUGUGUCAAAUUAUUGUUAACUCAUUCGUACAGCGAACAGAAUCCAACGCUCAAGAACCAUAUAGAUACUUUAGUCAGAUUAAUAAUCGACACAGAACUCAGAAUAAAUGCAUACAUAGAGAGUAAACAAUUGAAGGCUGCAUAUUUACUUGCUGUUAAGCAUUCGAGGGCACAAGAUAUACGGAAAAUCUUUAAAGAGUCAGACAGACUCGGUCAAAGUGCAAUUAAAGCGAUAUGUUUGAAGUGGCUACAACAAGAACCGAAAGAUUCUUAAGGAUCUUUCUGGCAAAAAAAGAAUACUAAAAUUAUGUAAACAAGGUGUCCAAAAAGAAAUCUCAAGAUUUAAAAGCCCAAACACUUGCUAGGUACAAUAUCUAAUCAAUAUAAAACAGGGACAGUUAAUCUGUCAGAAAUAAGAAUAAUUUUGAUGAUAUAAAUGACCUAUUAUAUUUUUUUCAUGAAAUUAUUGAUUUUGAAAUAUAUAAAUCCUUUUCUCUCUUUU